AUGAGUUUCUUGAUAGCUGAUGUAUUUCUUGAUGGAAGAGGGAAGGUAGCAUCAACCGUAAAGCACAUUACAAGGAACACAACUCCAUUUUGUUAUACUCAAAUUCUUGGAGCUGUAAAAGGUUUGGUCUGUUUCAUUAACGAUUCUGUACAUGCUGCUUGUAUGUAUAAUGUAGGUACGAGAGAAGUUACACCAUGGAUAAAAUCAACAUUAUUGAUGGAAGAAACGCAAAAGUCUAGCCGCAAUUGCGUAGGUGAUACUAGUUCUUAUAGUUUUGGAUAUUCUCCGGAAAGUAAGGAACACAAACUGAUUUGCAAGUGGGUGAUAUACGAUGGUGAUAAAGCUUUCCAAAUUUGGGAGAUUUUGACUUUAGGACACAAAGCAUGGAAAAGAAUUGAUCAAGUCCCAAAUUGUCAUUUCAGGCAGGAUGCACCUUCUGUAUAUGUGGAUGGCUCUAUUUACUGGUAUCCUUUUAACUUUGCAAGUGGUGAUUGUGGUGAUGUUAGUGUAAGAUUUCUAUUGGCAUUUGAUGUUGGAAGUGAGAAGUUCAGAACAAUCCAAAUCCCUGAUUUCAGUCAGUUACAAUGUGUUACUUUAUUAGAUGUGCAAAGCCGUGUCGCUAUGUUGCAUAGAACUAGUGCUUACACUGCACGAUGUCUAUAUAUGAAGGCAAUGGCAAGUAUAGAGGUAAAGAUAUAG